AUGGAUAAUACACUCCGCCAACCCAAGAAGCGGUUCGUCGGUAGACGGACUGCCGAAGCACAGGCUCAGUCAAACCCAACUACCGGAGAUGUCGAGUCCACGGCUGUUGAAAAGGCUGCACCCCGACGAACUCCGAGAACUCUCAACCAGGUUCCGCCAGAAAUUUUGAACGAUCCCGACAUUCAAGCCGCCAUUGAAUUGCUUCCCAAGAACUAUUCCUUCGAGAUCCCUAAGACUAUUCACCGUGUCCGCACAUCCGAAGCCAAGCGCGUCGCUCUACAGUUCCCAGAAGGCCUGCUGAUCUUCGCCACAACAAUCUCCGAUAUUCUCCAACAAUUCUGUCCUGGCAUCGAGACUUUAAUCAUGGGUGAUGUCACCUACGGCGCCUGCUGCAUUGAUGAUUACACGGCCCGCGCUCUGGGCUGCGACUUGCUCGUCCACUACGCGCACAGUUGCUUGAUUCCCGUGGACGUGACUCAAAUCAAGACAUUAUACAUCUUCGUUGAUAUCAGUAUCGAUACCACACACCUCAUUGCCACUCUUGAGCGAAACUUCAAGCCCGGCCAAACCAUCGCAACAGUUGGUACCAUCCAAUUCAACGCUACCCUCCAUGGUCUCAAGCCCGUGCUUGAGCGUGCGGGCUUCCGUGUCAUCGUUCCGCAAAUCAUGCCUCUCUCCAAAGGCGAGAUCCUUGGCUGCACAUCCCCACAGCUAUCCGAGUCCGAAAUUGAUGUCAUUCUCUAUCUUGGAGAUGGCCGCUUCCAUCUUGAAUCUGCGAUGAUCCACAAUCCUACCAUCCCCGCAUACCGAUAUGAUCCAUACUCGCGCACUUUAACACGGGAGAAUUAUGAUCAUGAGGAGAUGCAUACAAUUAGACGUGAUGCGAUUGCUACUGCCAAAUCUGCGAAGAAAUGGGGAAUCAUCCUGGGCUCCCUGGGCCGUCAAGGAAAUCCUAACACUAUGGCAAUGAUUGAGCGUCAUUUGGCCGACCGUGGUAUUCCUGUUGUCAACCUUCUGUUGAGUGAGAUUUUCCCGGGUAAAUUGGCCUCUAUGUCAGAUGUUGAAUGCUGGGUGCAAAUUGCCUGUCCUCGACUCAGUAUCGACUGGGGCUAUGCAUUUUCCCGACCCUUGCUUACACCAUAUGAGGCACUCAUCGCUCUCGGUGUACGCGAAAAUUGGGACAAGGAAAAUAAUGGAGUGUAUCCUAUGGACUUUUACGCCAAGGAGGGACUGGGCCGCACAAAGCCUCAGCAGGCUGUUCAUGGUACAGCUUGA